CUCAAUCUUGCCGAACCCAGCAAACUCGCACUGCUGGUUUCUAUUUUUGCAGGCACUGGUAUAAUCGGAAGGCUUUUACCACCAGUCAUUCUUCACUGUAGUUGCAAGUGCCUUGACAGUUUUCGGUUGUUCGCUAUUUGCAUACUAUUAGCAGGCAUAUCGACACUGGUCAGUCCUUUUUUAACAAUGAGUUAUGGAAUCUAUGUCAUUUAUCCGACUCUCCUGGGUCUAUUUAGUGGGAUGUUCUUCACACUAUUUUCCCAGGUGAUUAAGGAUAUCACUGGAGGACCAAACGUUACUGCUGGUGUUGCUUUGGGAACAAUGAUUACAGGACUAGGGGCGCUCAUUGGUCCAACUGUAGCAGGUGUGAUAUACGAUACAUCCCGUGACUACCGAUUCUCGUUUUAUUUCUUUGGAUCCUGUAUGGUAUUUGCUGGUCUUAUCAUGCUAACAUUGGAACCAUAUGCCACACUAAGACAACACAAACUACAAAGGCAUGGAGAGAACAACCAGGCAUUUCAUGGAGUCGAUUUGGACUUCCAAAAUAUUGGUCUAAAUCAUGAUGUUGCCACGCAGACAGGUGGUUCAUUGUAACACAAAUACUAAUGGUGUUACUUGUGGCAGAUGUGGGGCUGUAUGAGAAGCAUUGAGUCACUGGGCAAUGUUACAAGACUGGGAUGUCAAUAAAUGUGUGGAAUUUAACAUUUAGUCUCUUAUUCCAUUGUUACUAACUGAUCAUGCAUUACUACAAAAAUAAUCGUUGUUAGUGUAAAACAUAAAGACACAAAACCUUUUUGAACGGAUUCUGAUUACUGCAUGACCAAGCACAGUACUUCAUGUACAGCCAUGGGUCACACUCAUAAUAUACAAAUGAGUGUUAGGGGAAAUUAUUAUAUAGACUAUUCCAUAUACAGAUGCAAGGAACAUGUUAUAUAAACUUUUAUUACGUACAAAGUUAUACAACGUAUGCAAAUGUAAAAACAUCGAAACAUUAAACGAACAAAAUGCUAAA